CCUCAACCUGAGCCCUUUCUUGGCCAUUCUGCCAGUGAGCACGUGACCACACGCUGCCCGUUGCUCCCGCCCUCCAUGUCUCCCUCUCUCUCCUACAGCUGCGCUCUGCGGAGCUAAAGCUAAUUGUACUCGCAGCGUACCAGAGGAGCUCAACCCUGCCUGUUCUUUCUUGCCGUGCGGGUGCGGUCACCGCCGCCGCCGCCGCGCUCCGUGCCGCGUCCGUGAUCUGCCAUCCAGCCGUGCAUGCGCCGAGGCUUCGACCAGGCCCCUGCGGUUCCUGCGACGCUGUUAUAAUGGAAGCAGCCACAUUCAAGGAAACAGCCAGAACUGAACUAUAAUCAGAUAUUGUUGCUGUGUAAUACAGAUUCAAAAUGACUGACAUGAGGCGCCACUCCGUCUCCGUGGAUGUCCCACUGUCAAGAACCCUGGUGCAGCUCAAGCGAGUGAGGUCGCUGCGGGAUCCAGCAACAAACUCUAUGAGCAAGUAUGCAUCUCCUUCUGACAGUAUGAUCUGGGAGACUGCUUCUAGCAAUGGAGCGAUGAUGGAAGGAAGCAGGUCAGCACACCAUCAUUUGAUUGAAGAGGAUGUGGAUUUGGAAGCCGAAGCUACCAUGGGGUCAGAGCGAAGCUUCCGGGCACCAAAUGCAAGAACUGCAUCUUACAGGAAAUCUUCAGUUGUCAGGAUCAGAGGCUUCAACCCACCAAGAAACAAGCAAGUUCAUCGUGUCCGCGGGGAUGGUCACAGGAAAUCGGUGGAUUCUAACCACUCUAAUCAUAGCUCCCUUCGGCAGUUGGCAAACAAUAUAGUAACCAACGUGGUGGAGGAGAAGGAAGAGGAGGAGGUGAAUUCCUAUGAACGGGCACAUCUCGCUUUGCCAGAGAAGAGCGAGGAAGAAGUGAAAAGGCGUUCCAAAUUCAAGGGCAAGUCUUCUGCUGCAAUGAGCCGCGUUGGCAGCCCCUGUAUGUCUGCCAGUGAAGCGCGUUCAGUUGGAUCCAGAAGAAGCACAGUAGGGCAUGGAACUGAGGACACACGAGUUAGGUCGAAUGAUGUUGUAGGAUCAAACUUCAGUGGAUGCGGUAUAAGCUACUGCUGGUCAGGAGCAUCAAAGUACCGCGAUCUUUAUUCCGAUAGUGAUGGUCCAGAGCAACCUCUCCUAUCCCCAGAGGGGACUGAGGUACCGUUCCAAGAGAAUGUACCAUACACCGAGACACCAAGGUGUUUAAGCCAAAAAUUUCGCCCUCGAUCAUUCAGUGAACUGAUUGGCCUCAAUGUGGUUGCUCAGUCCCUCUUGUAUUCCUCUUGCAAAGGAAAGAUUGCUCCAAUGUACUUGUUCCAUGGACCCCGGGGUACAGGCAAGACUUCUACGGCACGCAUUUUUGCUGCUGCCCUAAAUUGCCUCUCUCUCGAAGAGCAAAGGCCAUGUGGGUUCUGUAAAGAGUGUGUCAUUCUCUUCUCUGGGAGGAGCAGGGACGUAAAAGAAAUUGAUGCAGCAAAAAUGGAUCGUUUGGGCCGCGUAAAGGCACUUCUCAAGAGUGCAUCUCUUGUCCCAUACUCGUCACGCUUCAAGGUUUUCAUAGUUGAUGAAUGCCAUCUGUUGCUAGAAGAUGCCUGGUCGGCAAUAGUAAAGAGUCUUGAUGAGCCAUACCGGCAUGCUGUCUACAUUAUGAUUACCUCUGAUCUAGAUAGCUUACCUCGCACUUCCGUCACACAUUGCCAGAAGUUCCAUUUUCCGAAGAUAAAGGUUGCAGAUAUUGUCAACAGGUUGGAGAGAAUCUGCGUAGAUGAAGGGUUAGAAUUUGACCAUGAUGCGUUGCACUUCAUUGCUGCAAAGUCUAAUGGUUCUCUUAGAGAUGCUGAAAUAAUGCUGGAUCAACUUAGUUUGCUUGGGAAGAGGGUCACGAUUUCUCUUGUGCAUGAACUUGUAGGAUUGGUUUCUGAUGAUGAGUUGAUUGAGUUGCUUGAUCUAGCACUGUCAUCGGACACAACCAAUACAGUUAGACGAGCUCGGGAACUUAUGGCGUCGUCAGUUGAUCCCCUGCAGCUGGUCUCUCAGCUGGCAAACCUUAUUAUGGACAUUCUCUCAGGACGAUGCCAAUCUGCGGUAACUGAAGUCAGCAAAAGUUUCUUGGGAAGAUAUGCGUUGGCAGAUGUUGGUAUAGAGAAACUAAGACAUGCACUCAAAAUACUGUCAGAAACUGAAAAACAGUUGAGGACAUCAAGAAAUAAGGCAACUUGGGUUACUGUUGCACUUUUGCAGUUUGGCAGUUCUGAAUCUGACAUAGUAGCAGAAACAAAUGACAUGCAUGCACGCUCAGCAACAGGAUAUACAGAUGACUGGGUAUCCAAGGUAAACUCAAGCUCCAAUUUCUGCGAUGCGUGUAACAGCAAUAAGUCCAACUGUUCCGAG